ACGUACUUAUUUGAAUUGAGAUUAGUUUGUGGGAGUUCAAUUUUAGAUGAAUGUGUUUUUGUUUAAACAAUAAUAAUAAUAUGGGAAAAGCAGUGGUGAAUAAGCAGCCAUCAAAGGGGAAGAUGUUGAUCUUGAAGUUGGUUCCAAGAUCCGUUGCCACGUCGUUCCAAAACCUGCCGGCUGCGGCGUUUAUCCUAGGCGGCGGCAGAGACAUGAGACCAGCUGCUGCAACGGCGGACCACCACCACCAUCAUCUCAUCAAGACCGCCAACGCCAACCACCGGAGAGGAUUCUCUGGCGCUAUUGUUCGGGCAGAGGCCGGAAGACAAUCGGGUUUUACGAGUGCUAAUGCCCACCCCCAUGGAGAACCCUGCUCGCCCAAAGUUUCGUGCAUGGGUCAGCUCAAGCAAAACAGCAGCACCAGCAAGAAGAAGAAGAAGAAGAAAGAUAAGGACUUAGUCAUCAUUGGGUCUGUAGCGACUGAGAAAUCUUCCCCGGCUGCUGCCAUGAAAGUUGCAUCACCAUUGCACGGGCGAAGGUGGUCUGAUGCUUCGGCAGCAGACAAAGCGCCGCCACCGCUGCCCCCUAGUUUGGGUCAGAUGAAGCGCUUUGCGAGCAGUCGAGAGACGCUACGUGGUAGUUAUUGUUCGGACAACGAUGACGACGACGACGAUGAUGAUGAUGAAGGUUGUCCAAGUUCUCAUCAUCCGCGGCAGAUUGCCAGUCUUCCAUCAUCAAUUGAUGAUGUUGUUUUACCAAAUAAUGAUGUCGUCCUUAGAAUUGGUGAAACAACAACAACAACAACAACAACGUUGCCGCCAAGGAAAGAAAUCAACCUGUGGAAAAGGAGGAUCAUAUCAUGAUGACGCCGCCUCAACCCGCAUUCACAUCAUUACUUAAUAAUUACAGCAACAAUUAGUAAUCAAUAAAGCUAUCUACUACCU